AGCUGUCUGAGUUAGUGAAGGAAAGAUCCGCAGCUGUCAGUCGUAAAACUACUGUAGUCCUGUCUUCUGUUGUGCAAGAAAAAUCGUCGGUUUUCACUUGAACUUGUUUUUCAGAUGGCCAGUUCAACGAAUGAGUCGAUACUAACGUUAGAAAAGGCAAGAGAAGCCCUGAAGGAUGUUAUCAAUGCCUUCACCAUUCCUGAGAACAUGGCGCGGAUGGAGGAGGCACGUGACCAGGCGGGGAACGACAUGAUGAAGAUGAUGCAGAUCGUGUUUCCCGUAGCAACGCAGAUUCAGCAGGAAGUCAUACAAAAGUAUGGUUUCUCUGCAGAUGGUGAUGGAGCUGUUAAAUUUGCAAAUGCCAUCCGUCAGUACGAGAUGGAGGACCAAGAGAUUGCCAGCCUGUCCAGCAACCUCAAAUCCAUGUUUCUGCCCCAGAUGGCAACACCCCCCACCCCAGCACAAGAUGUUGCAACAUCAUAGAAUACACUGUCAAACGGACAAUAGACUGACAUUCUCACAAACAACAAGACCACCUCAACUAUGAUUGGCUGCAAUAUGUCUUUUGUCACUGAAUAGGUUGAAUUUCUGCAAAAAGUUGCUCUCAAUACUUCAUAUGAGAAUGUAGCAGACACAAGUUGUGACACACUUAAGCUCUGGUGGAACAAUAUAUAGAACAUUUCUACACCAAUUGAAUCUGUUAUUGAGAGUUAUCAGAAAGUGUUGCAUGGUUGUUGUCUUUUUAUUCUAGUGUACAUGCAUGUCACAUGUAUUGUUUCUUUGGUUUGUAUUUUGAAAUGUUGCACUUUCUCAUUUUAGACAAUGUUUUCUAUAAUAGGAGUUAGAUAUAAUUUAGUUAAAGGCUUUAUACACUAUUGGAUUUGAGCUUUGACCUGACCUAAGUAUGUCACAUUUGAGAAGAAUAUGAAGUAUACAGUCACUAAUAUUUUAAGCAGGUAAAAUUAUUUACCCUGUAGAAAGAAAUGCAUUCACACAAAUACUUCAUAGCAGUUUUUCAGCCAUUGGAGCUGUGUAAAAUUGUUACACAAAAAGCACAACUUUGUGGUUUACUGUCAGCAUCUCGAUAGCAUUUUUAGCUUUAAUUGUUCUUUUAAUAACCAUAAUUCCAUCUUAUGCCUAUCAUUCCAGUUUGCAACAGGUAGUGUCGUUAUCAAAUAUUUUUAUGAGUUUUACACUUGAAAUUUGUAUAAAAUCUCCUAAAUCAAUUCUUAUACAAUGUUAUCUAUAUUGUAAGAGAAUGUGGAUCAUGCCAUCGAACAGUACAUGUCCAAAAAUAACAGCAAAAGAACUUCAUGACUUGUGAUCCUUACAAUUCAAGCUUACAGUUUCCAAGACUACCAAAUACAUUAAUCCGAUGCUUUAGGU